CGUUGCCCUCAUCCAGGAACCGUGGAUACACGGCAAUAAAAUCUGCGGACUUGGGAUGAAGGGCUUUAAGCUUAUUGCCGCACAAAAUGCAGCUUAGUGACGGCGAUCUGGUAGUGGCAAGCAUUGAGCUGGACAAAACCAGCUUUUGGGUAGCCUCUGCCUACAUGGCCCAUGACAAGGACGUGCCACCAGACGGGUUUCGGACCUUGGCCGAGGAAGCAGCCUUCAAGAACAAACCACUGGUUGCCUCCUGCGACGCUAAUGCCCACAACUUGAUGUGGGGGAGUACGGACACGAAUGCUAGAGGUGAGUCGUUACUAGACUUCAUUCUAGGGAACAAACUUAGUGUCUUGAAUUUAGGCUCAGAGCCGACCUUCAUAACAAAGAGUAGAGAGGAAGUUUUGGACAUAACCCUGGCUUCAGACAUGUUUGCCCAUAAAAUCAAGAGAUGGAGAGUACUGAAGGAAAAAUCGUAUUCUGACCAUCGUUAUAUUGAAUUCGAAAUAGAUCUUAAGACCCCCCAAGUAAGGGAGUUCAGAAAUGUUAGAAAUACCGACUGGGGGGUUUACAAUAAUAAAUUAAGGACUUUACUGCCAAAGAUACCUCCCCGAGACCCCGCCACGCAGGUGGAGCUGGAGGGGUUGGUUAAUCAGGUUACUAAAGCCAUGAAUAGUUCUUUGUCAGCCGGGUGCCCGGUUGUUCGAUACAGGGGAAAAAGCAAACCACCUUGGUGGUCGAAACAAUUAUCCUUGUUACGUGAAUCUAAUAGGUCAAUGUUCAACAAGGCCAAAGCCACGAGAGCAGCAGAGGACUGGGAAGCCUACAAGGCUGACCUGAAAGUAUACAAAAAAGCAGUUAGAAAUGCGAAACGUAAAUCCUGGCAAAGUUACUGCAAGGGAAUUGAGGAAACCACGGAAGCGGCCAGAUUAAGAAGAAUUCUUGCAAAGUCGCCAUGCAACCUUGGCUAUCUCAAGGGUCAAGGGAACUCAUGGACUACGACGAGCGAGGAAUCUUUAGGUCUCCUCCUGGACACACACUUCCCUGGAAAUAAGCCGGUGGAACCUAAUUACCCCCAGAAUGAAGGGGGGGCUAUCUGA